AUGCUCAUUCAUCAGGCAGGUCAUGUGAGCCUAUCUGCUGGAUUCAUUGUACUGCUCUCCAGUCAAAUGAGCCCCGCUGACUUUAAUCCACCACCCGCCAGCAGCGGACAACGUGCGAUCUCUUUGUCUGCUCCAAUGUCAACACUCUCUGAUGCAAUAGAGUCUUCAAAAUCGCUCACUUAUGAAGUACUCCUUGCUGACUAUGAAGCUCUUCAAACAGCCCACGCGAAGAAAACCAAUGACGAAGAGAGAUUGAAAAAUGAACUCGAGUUGGCUCAAUCAGAAUUACGGGCUGUCAAGAAUGCGUCUCAAGAUACCAAGAAGCUCCACGACGAGGCGUGUCUCCAAGUCGAAGAGUUACAGGGAGAUAAUCGGUCACUGCUUGCAAGAGUCGCAUCGUUAAGGGAACAGCUCCUUGCUCAUAGAGAUCGAAACAAGUCGCUCUAUGGCUACCACUCAAAGUUCAAAAAGGAGAUUGCCGAAUUGUCUUUACAGAAUCAAGAUAUGAAGCGUGAAGCGUUGAAGCAACAAUCAUACAAUGAACUCUUGAAGAAUCGUGAGCAGCAACUCGUCAAUCAAUUGGAGGAGCUACGAGCCGAGAUGCACCGUUAUAAGAAUGAACACUGGGAUAUCGUCAAUACACAGCAACAACAAUACCAACGUUUAUUACAAGAGAAAACGACGAUUGAACAAGAGCGUGAUGAUUUGCGUGUCAACCAUGCCAACCUAUCUUCCCAAUUGGGUGAAUCGCAGAUGCAAAAUGAAAUGAUGAUGAGACAAUUGGAGACGACCCAAGACGAACGUGAUCGACUCAAAAAGCACGUGGAGGAUACAAAGAGCACGUUUCAAUCUUCCAUCAGAUCUCUUGAGCAACAACGUGAGAUGGAAUUGAAGGACCUUGAGAAAGCACGUGAUGCAUUGAAGGAGCAGCAAACGGCAGAGAAAGCGAUCUUGGAAGAGAACCAAUCCCUCAAAGCAGAGUUGAUUCAAUGUCGCAAACGAUUGUUACCACUCAGCGGCGAUGAUGCCUCUUCACCUCAAGAUCAACAGCAGCUACUUGAUGAAUUGAUUCAGCUACGCAAAGAGCACACCAAAUUGUCAUUUGAGACCAAGAGUCUCCAAGGCGACAACCAGAGAUGGGUGGAGGCAUAUGAUAAAAUCAGCCAAGAUUACAACGACGUCAGCUCGAACAAUGAACGCCUGCGAGGUGAAUUGAGCGCCUUACGAGAACAACUUCGACAAACGGGUGAAUCAGAUGCUCAUUUAGCACAAGAGGUUGAAUGGCUCAAAUCACAACUCAAUGAAGUGGCACAACAAAAAGAAACGCUCGACAUAUCACUUCGCAAUGCCACCUAUCAGCUCAAGUACCUAUUGCGCGAUGCACAAAGCCGUAAUCAAUACCUUCCUCCUGGAUUCGAUGACAGCAGCAGCAUCACCGAUUAUACGUCAACCACACCCAGCGUUUCCCAUGAGCGCACAGUAUUCCAUGACGUUGAUGAAUUAUUCAAAAAGAACCAGGAGUUGCUUUUGGAUGUCACUCGCCUUCGAAAGGAACUCGAGCGUCUUUCAACAGAAUCGGAUCGCAUCAAAAAUGAGCAUCAACAGCUUGCCAUCAACUAUCAACAUGACACUCAGCAAGCGAGCAGCAAGAUCACAGAAUUGGAAGGACAUGCUCAUAAUUUACAAUCCAGUCUCGAUAAGGCCAUCAAGGACAAUCAUUUGUAUAAGCAAAUGAUCCAAGAUCAUUUACGAGAUCCACAUCAUGCCAACCAUAUUGACGCUGAUGCUCUUUUGCACGACUACAAGGAAAAGCUUGAGGAAUAUGAGCGUGAGAGAGAAGAGCAGAAUCACGCAAUGGAGGCAGAGAUAGCCACGCUUAAGGAGGAAUUGAAGCAAAAUCGACAAUCGGUGAUUACCGCCACCUCAGAUCGUCAGCAAGCGGAAGUUCGGGAGAAGGGAUUGAUGAAGACAUGUGGGCAAUUGAAGGAAGCGCUCAAUUCAUCCCAAUUGGAGUUGGUACAACAAAAGCAGCAAGUGAAUGUCUUGACGCAGCAAUUGAAUGAUCAACAAAAGACAUUAAAAGAGAUUCAUGCAGAGUAUUUGUCUGCCAAAGAGGAGUCAGCACAAAAGAAUCUUGAGCUUGCCAACAUCAACACACAACUUGCAUACGUCCAACAACUCCAUCAGAAGCGAGAGAAUGAUUAUACAGUGCUGCAAGAAAAUCACAAUCAGCUCCAGUCCCUUUACAGAGAGCUUCAGCUUCAACAGGAUGAUAGUCAUGAUACUCAACUUGAACACAUGGAAAGUCUUCGCACCCAAACGGAACGUCAAAGACGGGAGAUAAGUUCACUCAAGGAGGAGCUACGAUUGGCAGAGGAAGAACUUCGCACCAUGACGAAUGUACAUAUGGAACGAGAAAAAUCGACCAUUGAGAAUCUACGCAAUGAACUCAAGCGCUUGAAAUUGCAGUAUGAGGAAACGCAAGCCGAGCUUAUGCAACUUAGAGCAAAGAUGGCAGAUCAAGAGACCAUGGAGCCUACCACACGACCACCCUCCUCCUCCUCUGCUGGCAAUGAAGAUGAUAUCCAAGUGUUGCGAGAACGAACGCAUGAUUAUGAGCAACGUUACAUUCAUAUCAAUGACCGCAUUGUGAAGAUGAAAGCCGACUACGAUGCGUUAUUGGAUGAUUUGCGGGGCAAGCUUCAUGAUGCAAAGAUGGAUGCUCAGCAACGAGAGAGCAAGUUGAAGGAAUCAGAAGCCGUGAUUGAGGAGAAUGAAAUGUUGAAGCAAUCCCAAUUUGAGGCCGAGCAACGCUGGACAAAGGAGCUUGAAGAAAUGAAAACACAAGUGGAAUCUUUGCAGAGUGACAAGCAGACCUUGGAGGUGGAACUCGCUUCGUUGCGUAACAAGAUGGAGCUUGCUGAACGUCAAUACCAAACAUUGCAAUCUGACUAUGAACGUGAACGAGCAGCACACCUCAAAGAUACCAAGACUAUCGAGAGUUUGCAAGUCCAAGUACGCACCUUGAAUGGUUCACUUUCUGAAGCCCGCGUGAUCAUUUUCAAGACCGAAGGUCGCUUAAGAAAACUGGAAUUGCAAUGGACAAGCGAAAAGGAAGAAUGGGCCAAGAUGGAAGUAUCCUUGAGAUCCGAACUUGAUACGAGCCGACACCAAUUACUCAAGAUCACCCAACUUCAUGAUCAAUUACUUGCCACGAUCACCAAGGAGACCGGUCACCAUGGCGGCUCGGCGUUAUCGGAUUUGUCCAACAAGGCGGUGACGGAGCUUCGUUCCAGCAUGGAUGGCAUUGUGCAAGAAAACGAUCGAUUGUAUGCCCAAUACAAGCAAGCCUUAGUUACCAGUGAGGAGCAUCAAAAACAACUUCAAGUCGUGGUGGCUAAGUUGGAAUUGACCGAGGCUCAAGUGCAUCAAUUACAAAAGACCAAUUUGGAACUUGAGGAAAAGUAUGCUGCUACCAUGGCGAAUGCAACAAGCACAUUGGAUGCUACUACUGCUACUACGAGCCAGUAUGUCAUUCCUGCAUCUCUUGAAAAGAAGCUUUCGGAAGCAGAGAGUGCCAAGCAUGACCUUGAGAAGCAACUUGUCACAGCAAAAGAGGAAUUGGCGAAGGCAUCAGACCGUAUCCAAUCGCUUGAGAAGCAAAUCAAUGAAUCCAUUGCCACCACGGAUCUUCUUGCCAAAGCCAAACAAGAAUGGAACAUCCGCACUUCGCAGAUCCUUAACAAGUAUAAUAAAGCGGAUCCCACCGAAGUUCAAAUGCUCAAAGAUGAACAAGCCAAGUUACAAAGCCAAAUUUUGAACAUGGAGCAAGAGAAGACGAUUUCAGCCAACAAGAUAGCGGAAUUAGAAGCAAAGGUGAAAAAUGCGGAUGAAACGGCCAUCAAGUACCAACGUGCAGCUGCUGGAUUUAAGAGACGUUGGGAAAGUGCACAAGCCGAUCUUAAGAAAUUGGAAGGAGACAAGAGCUCGGAUGCACCUGAAAAGCAAGCCAUGGAAGAAAAGUUGAAAAAGUUGACCCAAGAAAGCGAGCAAUUGCAACGUUCGAAUACCAAGUUGAACAAGGACUUGACUGAUUUACGGGCAAAGCAUAAAUCACUUAUGGAGCGUGCCAAGAAAGAGAUCGCUGAAAAGAAGAAGGCAUCGGAGGAAUUGGAAAAGGCACAGAAUGAAAUGCAAGAGAUUAAAAAGCAGAUGGAUGAAGCAAAAACCCAAGUGGAGAAUGUACAAAAGCAACUGGAGCUUGAACAAGGUCGAUCCAAGGUGAUGCAAUCCAUGUCCAACAAGAAAAUUGCCAAGCUUCAAGAUGAACUGGAUGCGCUUGCCCCACACAAAAGAGCUAGAGAAGAUGACAAUGUUGAACAACCUGCUGCCAAAAGAUAA